CUGCAUCUCAGGUCCAAAUCACAGGAUCACAGACUAAAUCUGUUCCUGGUUAUCUCCUCUCCAUCCUACCAGAGGGAAUGAGGAAUCUCUGUCAGGUAAAGAGAGGAGGCUCUGGCAACUGUGGAACCUAAUAUUCGGGUGUCAUUUGCAGCACCUGCUUUUAAUGCAGCAGUGAUUUCAAUGGCAUCAACAUCUGCCUUUCCUCAGCAUCCCAGCAGCAAAUCAAACCCAUUGAAAAAUGAAGAAAGAAAAUGGAUGAUGCAGGCUAUGGCACAGAGUGACGUUUGUGCUAAGCAGGAAGAAAUGUCACCCUACUCUCUGCUCACUGUAAGAAUAAUAAAGAUGAGAAAUGCUCAUCAGGCAGACUUCUUAAGCCAAUCUGAUUGCUACGUGAGCCUCUGGUUGCCAACCGCUUCGGAUGACAAAUUCCAAACCAAAACCAUCAGGAACUGCAGAAAUCCUGUGUGGAAUGAAACUUUCUACUUCCGGAUACAAAGAAAAGUCAAGAAUAUUCUGGAAAUUACUGUUUCUGAUGAUGACAUCAUUCAUGAUGAUGACCAAGCAAUUAUUCUUUUUGAUGUAGCUACAAUCUCCCUUGGAAAAACUGUAUUUAUGGCAUUCCCACUAAAUCCACAGGGGAAGGAGGAGCUAGAAGUUGAGUUUCUGUUGGAAAGCAUCUGGGAUCCUCCUGAAACCAUCACCACAAAUGGGGCAAUGGUGUGUCGUGAACUAGCCUGCUUGGAAGUUGAGUUGGAGAGCAGGAUGAAAAAGAAGCAUUUUGCAGAGAAUGAGCUAAUGUUUACAGUGAGAGGAUCGUUUGAAGAAACCCAGAGAGUUUCACUGGGCUGUGGCUCCUGCUCCCCUAUCCCACAUCCCACUUUCUUCCACUACGCCAAAUACAAGCAGCCCUCACUGGAUGUCACACUCACAAAGAAGAGGAGGUUUCCCAGUUUUUGUGCUUGUGUGUCAUGCGGAGCAAGGAGGAGCAGAAGAAGCAUCCCCCUGACUCUCCCUCUGAAGUCUCUCCCCUCUGAGCGGGAAGUAGUCGGUGAGCACAGAAAAUUUGAUUUCCACUUUAAGCUGAAAAAAUGCCAGGGAGACUUAGACGUACGCCUGGGCUUUGACCUGUGUACACAGGAAAAGGAUUUCAUUUGCAAAAGGAAGAAGGUUGUUGCAGCAGCUCUGAAGGAUGUUCUUCAGUUGGAGGAAGACUUGCAGGAUGAUGAGGUACCUUUGGUGGCAAUCAUGACAACGGGUGGUGGAACCAGAGCUCUGACAGCCAUGUACGCUCACCUUCUGAGUGUGCAGGAACUGAAUAUCUUGGACUGUGUCUCAUACAUCACUGGUUUAUCUGGCACAACAUGGACCAUGGCAAACUUGUAUGAGGAUCCUGACUGGUCUCAAAAGGACCUUAAGGAAACACUCAAUGAUGUCCGAAGACAUGUGCUUAAAAAUAAGUUCUUUACUUGUUUUGCCCCGGAUCGUCUGAAAUACUACUUGAAAGAGUUGUGCCAGCGGAAACAAGAAGGACAUCAGAUAAGUUUCACAGACCUAUGGGGACUCAUCAUUGAAACCAUGUUUCAUGAAAAGGAGGAUUCCCAUAAGCUCACAGAUCAGCAGCAGGCACUAAAUCAGGGUCAGAAUCCCCUGCCCAUCUACCUCUCUCUCAAUGUGAAGGACAAAAUCAGCGACCAGGACUUUAGAGAAUGGGUAGAGUUCACUCCUUACGAGGUAGGAUUCCUGAAAUAUGGUGCUUUCAUUCGCGCAGAAGAUUUCGGUAGUGAGUUCUUCAUGGGUCAUCUGAUGAAGAAAAUCCCAGAAUCCAGAAUCUGCUUUUUGGAAGGGAUCUGGAGCAGUGUAUUUUCUUUGAAUCUUAUGGAUGCUUGGUAUAUAUCUGUUCAUUCAGAAGACUUCUGGCACAAAUGGACCCAAGACAAAAUUACCAACAUAGAUGAUGAAACCCUAUUCCCUACAAGACCAAAUGAGCUGGAGACUCGAGUGGUUUGUCCCACUGGCAGCUUUUCAGACGUUUUCCGAGAUGUUGUCAUGAUACGCCCAGCAGCUUCAGAAAUCCCUAACUUCCUAAAAGGCCUCCAGAUGAACAACAACUACCUAGAGAGCCAGUUUUCUACAUGGAAAGACUGUGAGCUUGACUCUCAGCCCAACCACCUGACAGGAGCAACAGACUACCUCAUCUUGAUUGAUACUGCAUUUGCCUUUGCCACCAGUUACCCACCACUUACAAGACCAGAAAGGAAAAUGGAUGUCAUUUUGCAUUUCAACUACAGCUCAGGUUCCCAGACAGGGCCUCUGAAAGAAGCCUCUAAAUACUUUGUAAACCAAGGAAUUCCUUUCCCUACUGAGGUGCCAGAUGAUCAGGAAACACCAAAUCUGAAGGAAUGCUACAUCCUUGGUGACAAGGAGAGUCCAGAGACCCCUAUUGUGACAUUUUUCCCGCUAGUAAAUGACACCUUCAAAGAAUACAAAGCACCUGGGGUGAAACGUAGUCCCUCGGAGAUGGCAGAGGGUGAUGUUGAUGUUGCCAAUACCUGUGGUCCAUACUACAUAAACAAUCUGAGUUAUUCAGAGGAAGAUUUUGACAAGCUGGUGAACCUAAGUUACUACAAUGUCCAGAAUAAUAAAGACUUGAUUAUUCAGGCCUUGCGUACAGCAGUGGAGAGGAAAAAGCAGCAAAAGAAACAGCAAUCACUGCAGAAACCACCUGGUGGUGAGGGUGUGUGUGUGCCCAAGAGACAGGAAUCCCAGCAUCUAGCCAACAGCACAGCCCUAAGGAAUAUGAAAUAAAAUAUCUGUGAGUCCUGUUAAGAAAAAAAAAUCGCAAGGAUCUUGAUUAGAAAGAGAAAAGCUAAAGAAUGCUAAGAAAGCUUUGUUUGUCAUCAGAAAUGCUAGAGCCUGUCUGCCAGUGAAGGAAAUAAACACAGAAAGCAGAGCUUUUCCUUAAUAAAUUAAUGUGCUUCCCGCGUUGACAACUCCAGGAGAGUGGUGAGGUGAAGCUGUGCCAUGCUCUCAAUUGCAGAAGUGACCUUUCAGGCCAAGGCUGAACUCUGUGGACAAGAGAUGGUGAGGAAGUUGAUGCUGGCAGUGUUUGUGUUCUACCUGUGCUAUAAAAAGAGAGGAUUGUAAGUCCAGAAUUGUAACAGAGAACAAAAUCCAUUGUUUCUAAGUGAAAACCAAGAAGACGGCUAUUUGUAAGCUAAGGAUUCUUUAUGUGAAUGUAAAUAAAUAUUAAACUUUAGAUAAUAAAACACUUUUUUUUUUUGAGUCAGAGUUACGGGAAAUAAACAUUUUUUGCAGCAAAUAUAUGUUAGAGCAAUUUCU